AUGGAAGACGGUUCUGGAAUAGGAGAGCUGUCACAGCUUCAGCCAAACACUACAAUUCCUGCCGGAGCUUACUGGAAAGGAACACCAGCGGUACCUAUCGGGCCAAACAAAGCAGCGCCGGCCAUCAAAUUCACCGGACAGAAUAAACCGAUGAAUUUUGCCUUAUAUGUGGCUGUGCUGGCUUUAACAUUAGGUUUUGUCUUUGUCUUUCCUUUCGGCUUAAGUAUUCCUUUUAUCGUCAUUUAUUACGAAGUGAUCUUGUCUUUUGGAUUAGGCUGGGCAAUGAUCCUGUCCAUCCCGAUUUCGGCUAUGUAUAUUAUCAUUUACUGUGCUUCGGUAGCGCUGUUCAAAUGGCUGAUCAUUGGUAAACUCAAGGAAGAAGCUUUUAGCAUGUACAGCUUUAAGUAUAUCCGGAAAUGGGCAGUAGAUUCCCUGAUGAACAUGAGUUUAACCUACUUCAGAUCUGUUUAUGCCACCAUAUACUUGUCUUCCUGGUUAAGGCUGAUGGGCACCCGUAUCGGUAAAGCCACAGAAAUAUCAACCGUAAAUCAAAUCACAACUGACCUGGUGAAAAUAGGUGCAGGAAGCUUCCUGGCCGACUCUGUGAGUUUAGGCUCUCCAGAAGUACACCAGGGCACGAUGUACCUGCGUCAGAUUACCAUCGGGAACAAAACAUUUAUUGGAAACAGUGCGGUGAUUUCGGCAGGGGAUACCAUUGGCAGCAAUUGUCUGAUUGGUGUAUUGUCUACCCCGCCAUCAAAUAUUGAACGAAAAUAUGUCAAUGACUCUUCAUGGCUUGGUGCGCCACCUAUGUAUUUGCCUAAAAGGCAGGAGAGUGUGAAAUUUGCGGAUGACCUGACCUUCAGGCCAACUAAUAAAUUAUACUUUCAGCGUGGAGUUAUUGAACUUUUCAAGAUUACACUGCCUUAUGCCAUUACCUCGGUGAUCCUGUUGUUAUUCUAUCAUUUAAUUGAUAACUAUUAUGAUCAUUCCAGCAGACAUAUCAUUUAUACAUUGAGUCUGGCCCCAUUUUUAUUGCUGGCGCUGAUUGGCAUUUCCGCUUUAAUCACUGUUUUGUUUAAAAAGGUGCUGAUCGGAACUUAUAAGCCUUCCAAUCAACCCUUAUGGAGUAUGUUUGUGUGGAAAAAUGAACUUGUUAACUCCUUGUGUGAGAAUAUGGUUUAUCCUUUAUUAGUGAAUACAUUACUGGGAACACCAUUUGCACCCAUAUUUUUCAGGAUGAUGGGUUGUGAUAUUGGAAAAGACGUUUAUAUGGAUACCAGUGAGAUUACAGAGUUUGAUCUGGUGCAUAUAGGAGACCAUGUAGCCAUUAACCACAUGUGUACGCUGCAAACUCACCUAUUUGAAGAUCGUGUCAUGAAAAUGGCGCAUUUGCACAUUGGUGAUAACUGUAAUAUAGGGGCAAUGAGUGUGGUACUUUAUGAUUCUACGAUCGAAGAAGGUGCUACGCUGCAAGCUCUAUCUUUAGUGAUGAAGGGCGAAACGAUCCCAAAACAAACCCAAUGGGCCGGUUCGCCAGCUAAAUUUGUAAAGUAAUUUAAAGGAUAGAAGAAUAACAAGGUGAAAUAAAACUGAUUAUAUUGGGUUAGUUGUUGUAACUCUGGUCUUAUCUACUAAAUUUGUAGACUUUAACCAAGACGCGAUGAUUACAAACCUAAAACACAGUAUUACCUUAAUUUUUCUAUUCUUUAUUACCAACCUGGCCACAGCCCAAAAUAAGAUCCUUGUUUUUCAAUCAGACUUCGGCUUAAAAGACGGUGCAGUAUCUGCCAUGAAAGGGGUGGCCGUUGGUGUUUCACCAGACCUUAAAAUAUUCGACCUGACCCAUGAAAUCCCUGCCUAUAAUAUCUGGGAAGCUGCUUAUCGUUUAGUGCAGACCGUACCUUAUUAUCCAGCCGGAACCGUAUUUGUUUCUGUAGUAGAUCCUGGUGUAGGAACUGCCCGUAAGUCGGUGGUGCUUAAAACCAAGACAGGACAGUUUAUUGUGACACCAGACAAUGGGACACUGACCUUAGUUGCACAAUCACUGGGUAUUGAAGAAGUCCGUGAAAUCAAUGAAGUCAAAAACAGGCGUAAAGAUUCCGGAAAAUCCUAUACCUUCCACGGCCGUGACGUUUACGCUUUUACCGGCGCAAGAUUAGCUUCCGGCGCAAUUACCUAUGAUCAGGUUGGAAAUGAACUUCCAAAACAAGUUGUAGAAAUUCCUUAUCAGAAAGCGACCCUGGAAAACGGAAAACUUAAAGGAAGCAUUUCCAUCCUUGAUGUACAAUAUGGUAAUAUCUGGACAGACAUUACUGCAGACCUGGUUAAGCAACUUAAUCCGCAAUACGGAGACCUGCUUCACUUACAGAUCUUUCAUAAAGGAAAGAAAGUUUAUGAGGGUGAUGCGCCUUAUAGUCAGACUUUUGGUGCUGUUGCCGAAGGUAAGCCUUUAGGUUACCUGAAUAGCCUGCUACAAUUAUCCUUCGCUUUAAACCAAGCUAACUUUGCCGCAGUACAUCACAUCGCCAGUGGCAAUGAGUGGAGCGUUGAAGUGACUUUAAAGAAGGGUAAAUAGGAUGAGGGGAUUAAUUUACGCUUUCCUUUUUUACUGAUUUCAAGUGCUGCCUUCUCGCAAUCCAGGACGAUAACCGGCCGGAUCACAGAUCAGCACAAUAACCCGUUGCCUGGUGCAACAGUUGUUAUAUCGCCCGAUGGUAAACAAACCAGCAGCGAUCAGACAGGCGCAUUUAAAAUAACUACGACUGCCCAGGCACAACUCAUCGGGGUCAACUUUGUAGGCUAUAAACUUUUUAAACAAAAGCUGACCGCUGCAAAUCACUAUGCCAUUAGCCUGCAAGCGGACGAAGCUAUGCUGGAUGAAGUUGUUUUAGUGGGUACACGCAGCACAGGCAGAACAAGAUUGA